AUGGUGACUGUCAAUGAAGUCAAUACAAAAUUUGAAGCCUUCCAACUAGAAGCUAAAGCAAGCAAGAAAUCUAUGGAUGAAAGCUUAGAAACAAGGUCAGAAUUUCCAUGGAAUGAAGAUGUCAUGAUAUCUAUGUAUCGGCAAGGGCUGAAUUUACAAAUUUCUUCUGGUUUAGCUACUUGUAGGCUUUAUACAAUGGCUGAUGCGGUUCAAGUUGCUGCUCAAAUUGAGGAGGAAGCUAAAACAAAGACUUCUAUGAGAUCUACAACCACUUCCAAUGGUAAGAAUGAAAGUCCAGCCAUUGACUUAAGUAAAGAAGGAAUGUCAGUCCAUUCACAACCUGUCAACAAUCCUCAUGGUUCAAUACCUUCUUCUAAUAUAGCCCCUACCAAAGGAAAGGAAGUUGCAGAACAAGAAUCUGAUUUGGCAGGAAAUUCUUUAGAUUUUGGGGUUUAUGAGGCUGAUGACCUUGAUGAUGAUGAGAAUGCAGUCACAUGA